AAAUGAAGCCAGAGUGCAUUUUGUAGACUGUUGGUAUGUUUUUUUCCACUCCCAGCAUGCUGUGGGCCUGAAAAGUUAAAUAUGAAAAGAAAGAAAACAACUGUGUUUUCAACCCAAGGGCUGCCUGAACACACUUCCAUUUUCAAAGAAAUCUCAAAUCCAACUGUUUAAACAAUUCUCUCUCUCUCUCCCUCUCUCUCCCUCUCUCUCUCUCCCUCUCUCUCCCUCUCUCUCUCUCCCUCUCACUCUCUCUCUCUCUCUCCCUCUCACUCUCUCUCUCUCUCUCUCUCAGUUUGGAGAAUGGUUGGAGUGAUGUCACCUCCCUCCUGUGUGGGCAUUCAUUCCAUCAGCAGUGAGUCUCCAAAGAUGCUGCUCACCAGACGCAGCAUUGCGCUCGGAGAUGUGACAGAAGAGGAGCGACUCUACUCGUGGAUCUUUGAGUGAUAUUUUUGGGAACACCUAUAUUUUUCCCCAUCGUGAGACUUUGGAGGACCAGUAAUGUAGCUGUUUUACCGUUUGAGGAGAUGCAUUUGUGCAGGUGCUGCGUCUCAUGUGGGCUUCACUCCGUUUCUACUGACCAGGAGCGUUAUUACGCACAAAGCAUCUCCACGCGUCAGGAGCGUUUUUACGCGCAACGUUUCUCCACGCGUUAGUGGAAGAUCAGCUCAGUCUCAGCCUGUUUUUCGGAGAGGAAAAUGGGUGCAAAACAACAAACAUGAUAGGAAAGGACAACCCGGAGCCAGAAUGGAUGUAAGCCAGUUCAAUGUGUUGGUGGAAAACGUCUCCAAAGAUGAGAACUCCACGGACGCACCGCUCGGUAACGGUUUACCGCACACGGAGGCAGCUACCGCGCUCAUCAUCCUGGUGGUCACCGUGAUUAUCUCGGUGACUAUCGUCGGUAACGUGUUGGUGAUUGUUGCAGUGCUGACCAGCCGGGCUCUCCGUGCGCCCCAGAACCUGUUCUUGGUCUCUCUGGCCUCAGCAGACAUCCUGGUGGCCACACUAGUCAUCCCUUUCUCCUUAGUCAACGAGCUCAUGGGCUACUGGUACUUUGGCACCACCUGGUGCGCCUUCUACCUGGCUCUGGACGUGUUGUUCUGCACCUCAUCCAUCGUGCACCUGUGCGCCAUCAGCCUGGACCGGUACUGGUCCGUCACCAAGGCGGUCAGCUACAACCUGAAGAGGACUCCGAAGCGCAUCAAGUCCAUGAUCGUGGUGGUGUGGGUGAUCUCUGCUGUCAUCUCCUUCCCUCCUCUCCUCAUGACCAAACACGAUGAGAGGGAGUGCCUGCUGAACGAUGAGACCUGGUACAUCCUCUCCUCCUGCCUGGUGUCCUUCUUCGCUCCGGGUCUCAUCAUGAUCCUGGUCUACUGUAAGAUCUAUAAGGUGGCCAAGCAGCGCUCCUCCACAGUGUUCGUGGCCAAGAACGGUUUGGAGAGGCAGCCCUCUCAGUCGGAGACCUGCUUCGUGAGGAAGGACCGGUUGGAGAUGGAGAGCCCCAGCAGCCAGAGCUCCGGCAGCCUGCAGCAGAGACAAGGCGAGCUGGAUGACAUCGACCUGGAGGAGAGCUGCUGCCAGGCGGACACCAAACCACGCAACCACCGCUUCACCAAGAGGAGGAAGGUGGAGGGCUCGGACUGCUGUCCUCCUCAGAGCUGCCGUCUCUCCUGGGCUUCAGCCAGAGCUCUCCAGCUCUACCCGGACCAGAAGAACCCAGCUGUGCGUCAACAGCAGCUGGCUGCAGCCAACAAGACCAAAGUGGCCCAGAUGAGGGAGAAACGGUUCACCUUCGUGCUGGCUGUAGUGAUGGGGGUGUUUGUGCUCUGCUGGUUCCCCUUCUUCUUCACCUACAGCCUGCAUGCUGUCUGCAGAGACAGCUGCUACAUCCCUGGAGCUCUCUUCAACCUCUUCUUUUGGAUUGGCUACUGCAACAGUUCUGUGAACCCCAUCAUUUACACGAUUUUCAACAGGGACUUCAGGAAAUCCUUCAAGAAAAUCAUAUGCAGAACUUCUAAACGCACAUAAAAACACAGAAAGGGCUCAAACCUGGUUUGCCUUUUUUUUGGGAUUAUUAGAGCUCGUUCUUCUUGACUGACUGCUCCCCACACACACACACUCAUUUUGAUGUAUAACUACCAUGAUCCCAGUGUUGUGUUGCACAUUUUAAAGUCUGUAAAUAAAAUGUUAUGUUGA